AUGUCUGAUUGUCUUCCGGAAGACAUAGUGGAGGAAAUAUUGCAUCGCCUACCGCUCAAAAGCAUUGGAAAAUGUAUAGUAGUGUGCAAAUCAUGGAACUUAUUGAUAAAAAGCCACAACUUGUUUCAACAAAGCUCACUCUCCAAUCCUCUCUUCCUUGUCCACCACCCAACUCGUCGUCAGUAUUCUCUAUGCUCCCGAGAUAUCGAAUGCACGUUUUCGCUUCCUAAAGAUACUGAUUACCGCUUUGUGAGCGCUCUCAACGGCCUCAUUUGCUUAUGUUUCACGCAAAAAAUAUACCGUGACAAUAUUUUCACUUUCGUCCUCUUGAAUCCUCUGACACGGAGACACCUCCAACUCUCAAUCUCUGGUUUCUCUUACUCUAAUGAGAAGUAUGGGUCUGGGCUUGGAUUUGGGUUUGAUUCCAAGAAUAAUGAUUUCAAGGUGGUGACUUCUUUUUACAUUGACACCAAAUCCAAGGUGUACGUUCCUCCUGCGGUGGAAUUGUAUUCCCUCACGAAGGCUCAACCAUUAUUUUUUCAGGAUAAUGUAUAUUGGCUUUCUCUCGAGGCAAUAAUGCCCUAUUCAGGUGCUUUUUCAUCUAUUAAUAACUAUAUACUCAUCUUCAAUAUGGUGAAGGAGAAGUUCAGCAAGAUGGAGCUUUCAGAAGUGUUGGCUAGAUCCCUGGGACAGAUGAGUAUUAUUGUGAUCGAUGGUUGCCUCUCGAUUAUGGAGGACCUUAAAUAUAAUAAUGGCUGGAAUAUAUGGAUGAAGAGAGAGUCAUGGAGUAAUAUUCAGACUGUUUAUUUACCAAGGGGAAUGAUUAAUGCAUAUCCAUUGGGACGGCUAAACACAAGUUCCGAAGCAGUUUUAGUGAUUUCACAUGGAAGAACAAUGUGA